AUGUGGGGUUGGUUUGGUGGCGCCGCGGCCCAAAAACGCAAGGACACGCCCAAGAAUGCGAUCCUCGGGCUGCGAGCGCAGCUUGACAUGUUGCAGAAGCGCGAGAGACAUCUCCAGACCCAGAUCGACGAGCAGGAUGCUACCGCACGCAAGAAUGUGAGCACCAACAAGAACGCGGCCAAAGCGGCCUUGAGGCGCAAGAAGACACACGAGCACGCGCUCGAGCAAACCGUUGCCCAGAUCGGUACACUAGAGCAGCAAAUCAACUCGAUCGAGUCCGCCAAUAUCAACAAGGAGACUCUGGCAGCCAUGAGCAACGCCAACGCGGCCAUGAAGCAGAUCUAUGGAGGUCUUACGGUGGACAAGGUUGAUGCGACAAUGGACGAACUGCGUGAGCACAAUGCAAUGAGCGAUGAGAUUGUCAACGCAAUCACCUCGAACUCAUUAGGCGAGCCGAUCGACGAGGAUGAGUUGGAGAACGAAUUGGAUGAGCUACAACAGGAGCAGCUCGACGAACAGAUGCUCAAGACGGGCACCGUCCCCGUGUCAGAUGCUGUGCAUAAGCUACCCACACCGGCUAGGGAAGAGCCCGUGUCAAGCAAGAAGCAGGCAGUUGAAGAAGAUGACGAGGAAGCUGAACUUCGGAAGCUGCAGGCUGAAAUGGCCAUGUGA